AAGGCAAGACUUGGCACAGCUCAGUCAAAUCAGCUUCUUUUGUCUGCUUUCUCGGCUUGAGCUUCAGGAAAGAAAACCGUCCUGGGGUACAGAAAAACUCAGAACUUUUUGGUUUUCAAACUUAGAAGGCUUUUUAAGUCUCUUGGGCUAUUUGAAAGUGUUGGUACAUACAAUGACGUUUAGUCACCAGUAUUAAGGGAAAUAAAAGCCUUUUUCAAAAUGAAGCUUCCACAGUGUCCAUGCAUUUGGGAAAUACUGUAUUUGAUUUUUUGCAUGUAUGAUUACACCAUGAGAGACAGGAUUAAUAUAGAAGAUGGCAAGGCAAAUUUCUAAUUAGAGAGAAUAUUAAUUCUCUACAAAAUAAAGUUUGUUCAUCAGUACAAACCUGCUUUCAAAUCAAAUCAGACAUCCUUCGGAAUGUGUUCAGAACCAAUGACUGACAACACUGAAGACCAGAAAGGCAAGCUGAAGACACCAGACUUCGUGUGAAGGGCAAACAAGAAAUCCAAACAUCAUGUCAAUGGCAAUAGAACAGUUGAACCUUUCCCAGAGGGAACACAGAUGGCUGUAUUUGGAAUGGGCUGUUUCUGGGGAGCUGAGAGGAAAUUCUGGACCAUGAAAGGAAUAUAUUCAACUCAAGUUGGUUACGCAGGAGGCUACACCACCAAUCCUACUUAUAAAGAAGUCUGUUCAGGAAAAACUGGCCAUGCAGAAGUAGUCCGAGUGGUGUACGAGCCAGAACGCAUCAGCUUUGAGGAACUGCUCAAGGUCUUCUGGGAGAAUCAUGACCCGACCCAAGGCAUGCGACAAGGCAAUGACCAUGGCACUCAGUACCGCUCAGCCAUCUAUCCAACCUCUACUGAGCACAUGGAUGUAGCCCUGAGGUCCAAAGAAGACUACCAGAAGGUUCUUUCGGAGCACGGCUAUGGCCUGAUCACGACUGACAUCCGGGAGGGACAAACCUUCUACUACGCGGAGGAUUACCAUCAACAGUACCUGAGCAAGAACCCAGAUGGGUACUGCGGCCUCGGGGGCACCGGAGUGUCCUGUCCACUGGGUGUUAAAAAGUAAUUUCUCCCCAUGUGGUCAGCCCUUGAAGUCACAGCCAAAAUGCUUUCAACAAAUUGGGCAGUGCUUCUGUGGCUCGGGUCAGUGGCUUUUUGAAGUGCACAAAGCGCGAAGGCAUUCAGGAAAAUCUGGUUUGAUGAGGUCUAAUUACAGGAAGUGCAAUGGCGAGUGGAGAGCAUGCGGUUUGUCUUCUACUAAGUUACAGUGGGAGUCCAGCGGUGACUUUGUUUGGAUCGCUCGGGGUCUGAAUGAGAAUAAUGAAUGCGCUGUGCUCCCCCCUUCCUGGGGCUGGGUGCCUGCCAUGGAACCUGGGGAAGGAAGCUGGGAGAUUGUCAGAGAGGAUAAGGCGUUUGGACAUGAGAGCUGUGCCCUGUCCCACCUCUCAUGCCCUGCUGCCCUCCAGUGCCUUAAAAUCUGCAAACAUUUAUAGCCUCAAUGAAUCAUUCACCGCAAUAUUUUGCUCGACUGAUCCUAGAUGUGCAAGGGGCUUUCUCUCCUUUUCCAUCCUCCUGGGACAGGGAAAAGAUAAAAGUUAGUUGGAUGAAUUCUAAUGCUUUGCUUAUAGCUAUGAGAAAUGCUUGUUCUAAUAAAAGUCUGCAUCCUAAUACAAA